AUGAGCAGAAGGGACCCCUUAUUAUGGUGUGGCCGCCAGCUCCUACUACAAUCAACCUUCGCCAUCCUGGUGUUGCUUGCUACCUUCCUCGUGGGUAUGACUAGUGGCCAGCAACACUGGAGGGAGGCACGGCGAGAGAAAAAUUUGCAGCCUGACUUUCUGUCCAAAGUUACUCAUGCCAUGAGGGAGACCUUAGAAGACUUACUUGGACCAGAUAAUUUUCUGAUAUUGAAUGAGAAUGUCUCUUCCCUGUUCUGGGUAUUAUCCUCUGGAAUCGCUGCAGGUUUAUUUGCUGUGGCUCGAAUUGCAGGACAGUUCCUUACUUCCUUUGGGAUUGAUGGGGAUCAUGCUACUCAGUUCCUGAAGCUGAGCCCUGACCAGGUGCAGACGCUGCUUCUCUGGGGCCUGGCUGCUCUGAUCGGCUACUGGGUGCUGUCGCUGCUGCUGAAUCUGAUGCUCGCCAUCUUGAGCCGCAUCAUGUGGGGCCUUAAGCUGGUCAUCUUCAUGUCCUGCUUCAUGUUCAUUGUCUCUAUGGUGCAUGAUCGUUCUGUUCAGCUUUCCCUCCUGCUGACCCUGCUCAUGCUCUAUGCCCUGCUGGGCCGCCUGAGUGGGUCACACCACUCUGGGGCACGGCUGGAGGCCAAAGUGCGCAGCUUGGAGCGCCAAGUGGAUGAGCUGCAACGCAGGCAAAGGCGGCCAUCUCCUAAACAUCUGGGUGAAGAAUGAAGCUUACAGGAAGCUAUAACUUUCACAUACCUUCUUUAAGAGGUGACCACUUCUUUCUUUUCUAUGUGUAUCCAAUGA